AUAAUUUUAAACUGGAGGGCUUGGAGUUCGAGGGGCUGCGCCUUCGCUCGCGAAGGGAGGUUUCAAGUCUACUUUCGAUCACAGGAGAGCUUCCGAGAGGGGGCUGCGGGGACGCCUGUCUUUCGUGGGCAGACGCUAGCUCCCGAGGAGUGAGGGUCGCAGAGCCCGCCCGCUAGGGAAGCGGAACUGUCUCUCCCAAGGUGACGUCGCAGGUGUUACCCGCGUCUGAGGGAAUCCAGGUUCCCUCCCUGGCCUUGAUGUCCCUUCUGAAGUCACCAGGGAUUGCUUCGGUUCUCUCUGGGCAGUCAUUUUGGCCGCUUUCUUUCUUUCUUUUUUUUUUUUCCCCAACAAAAACAAAAGAAAUCAAAAUUUCCUCUCGUCGUAGUCUUGGAGCCAGACUUGAAGAAUGAUUCGUGAAUCCGGAAUGGAUGACAACGUCAUCACGACAUAUUUUUGACUAUGGAUUCUUAUAAUUCACCUGGACCAACUUCUAGACGAAGGACCUCAAGUCUGAAAGACUAUUUUAUAGGUGCCACCCCUCUGCAGAAACGGCUGGAAUCAGUCAGGAGGCAGAGUUCAUUUUUUCCCAGUCCACCUCGGAGAAAAUUACCCCAGUGUUCACAGUUGCAGGAAGAAAUCGAUCCUGAGAAGGUGGGAUUUCUCCUUCACAAACAAUGGACUGUAUAUAGUUUAACUCCUCUGUAUAAAUUCUCCUACACUAACCUCAAAGAAUAUUCUAGACUUCUAAGUGCAUUUAUUGCUGCUGAAAAGCAAAAAGGACUUGCUGUGGAAGUGGGAGAAGACUUCAACAUCAAAGUGAUUUUCUCGACUCUACUUGGAGUAAAAGGAACACAAAGGGACCCCGAAGCAUUUCUUGUGCAGAUUUUCUCAAAGUCUCAGUCAUCACGUGAGCACAGAGAGGGUAAAGUGCUGUGGACUGGUUGGUUCUGCUGUGUGUUUGGAGAUAGUCUUCUGGAGACUGCUUCCAGAGACUUCACCUGUCUACCCUUGUUCCUUGCAAAUGGAGCAGAGGCCAAUACAUCCUUGAUUGGAGGCUGGUUUCAGAAGACUUUCGACUGUUGCUUCAGUCCUUUAGCAAUCAGUGCAUUUAAUCUUUCCUGGAUGGCUGCCAUGUGGACUGCUUGUGAAAUGGACCAUUACACAGCUACCACUGAAUUUUUUUGGUCUGUGCCCUGUAGCCCUCAAAGCUUGGAUAUUUCUUAUGCAAUUCAUCCAGAGGAUGCAAAAGCUUUAUGGGACAGUGUCCACAAAACACCUGGGGAGAUUACCCAGGAGGAAGUUGACUUAUUUAUGGACUGCCUUUAUUCACAUUUCCACAGGCAUUUCAAAAUUCACUUAUCAGCCACAAGAUUGGUUCGUGUCUCGACAUCUGUAGCUUCAGCACACACUGAUGGGAAAAUAAAGAUUCUGUGUCGUAAAUACCUUAUUGGUGUGUUGGCCUAUAUGACAGAACUGGCAAUUUUUCAAAUUGAGUGAAUUCUAGUAUGGACUCUAAGUGAUGCAUUAUAAACCCUUUCAGUUACUUUCUGAGUUGCUAUUCCAAGCGGGACAGUGGAAGAAAUGUAGCACCUGUUUUCUCAUGGUGUCUUUGGAGUUGCUCGAGUGGAUCUGAAACACAGCAGCGGUCAUGGGUGAGCCAUGGUUAUGUGCUUGUGUGUCCAUAGAUCACUGUGGUCCCGUUAUGUAUAAAUGCUAUAGAAGAUGCUGAAUUGUUAACAUAAAAGUAUCCAGCUUAAUCAAAUAAAUAUAUCUAAAAUCUG